AGCCGGCAGAGCCGCGGCGCCGGACUGCUCACCGCGGCGGGCGGCCUGCGCCGCAGCGCCCCACGCGCGCUCUGUGGCCCGCCGUCCCCCUGCCGGCUGGAGCGCCCCAGCGGAGCGAGCGCAGAGGGAGGGGACGCGCCCGGCCCGGCUCCCCAGCCCCGGGAAGAAUGUGCCACCAGCUGUUCCCAGAUCGCGUGCGCUUCGCCCCGAAGUGAGAAACUUGAAAGAAGAAGAGACAAAGGCUGCCUUUGGGACGAAUGAGUUAAGAGACUUGGUUGGGGCAAACAAAAGGUGAAGAAGUCCAUAAGGACGCGGCCGAUGGCAGCGGGGCGGCCCCGCGGGUUCGGGUGCCCAGGACUCGCGGCGUGACGCGCGUGGCUUGCCCGGGACCCGAGCGAUCGCCGGCUCCCGCGGGCUGGGUGAGACCGGAACAAUGGACAACUUCUUCCCCGAGGGAGCGCGGGUCUGGCUGAGAGAAAGUGGCCAGCAUUUCCCCAGCACUGUAAACUCCUGUGCAGAGGGCGUCGUCGUCUUCCGGACAGACUAUGGUCAGGUCUUCACAUACAAGCAGAGCACGAUCACCCAGCAGAAGGUGACAGCCAUGCACCCCGCACAGGAGGAGGGCGUGGACAACAUGGCAGCUCUGACGGAGCUGCACGCCGGCUCCAUCAUGUACAACUUGUUCCAGCGCUAUAAGAGGAACCAGAUCUACACCUACAUCGGCUCCAUCCUGGCCUCGGUGAACCCCUACCAGCCCAUCGCCGGCCUGUACGAGGGCGCCGCCGUGGAGCGCUACCGCAGGUGCCACCUGGGCGAGCUCCCGCCGCACAUCUUUGCUGUGGCCAACGAGUGCUACCGCUGCCUGUGGAAGCGACAGGACAACCAGUGUGUGCUCAUCAGCGGUGAAAGCGGGGCAGGGAAAACCGAAAGCACCAAGCUGAUCCUCAAGUUCCUGUCGGCCAUCAGCCAGCAGGCGCUGGAGCUGUCCCUGAAGGCGAAGAUGUCCUGCGUGGAGCAGGCCAUUCUUGAAAGCAGUCCCAUCAUGGAGGCCUUCGGCAACGCCAAAACCGUGUACAACAACAACUCCAGCCGCUUCGGGAAGUUCGUUCAGCUGCACAUCUGUCAGAAGGGAAAUAUCCAGGGAGGGAAGAUUGUAGAUUAUUUAUUAGAAAAAAACCGAGUAGUAAGACAGAAUCCAGGGGAAAGGAAUUAUCACAUAUUCUAUGCACUGCUGGCUGGGCUGGGUCCCGGAGAGAGAGAAGAAUUUUAUUUAUCUGUGCCGGAAAACUACCAUUACUUGAAUCAAUCUGGAUGUAUAGAAGAUAAGACAAUCAAUGACCAGCAGUCCUUUAGAGACGUUAUUACGGCCAUGGAGGUCAUGCAGUUCAGCAAGGACGAGGUCCGGGAGGUGCUGCGGCUGCUGGCCGGCGUCCUGCACCUGGGCAACGUGGAGUUCAUUACCGCGGGGGGCGCGCAGGUGUCCUUCAAGACAGCUCUGGGCCGGUCCGCAGAGUUACUUGGGCUGGACCCGAUGCAGCUCACGGAUGCUCUGACCCAGAGAUCCAUGUUCCUCAGGGGAGAAGAGAUCCUCACGCCCCUCAGCGUCCAGCAGGCAGUGGACAGCAGAGACUCUUUGGCUAUGGCACUUUAUGCACGCUGCUUCGAAUGGGUCAUCAAGAAGAUCAACAGCAGGAUCAAGGGCAGGGACGACUUCAAAUCUAUCGGCAUCCUCGACAUCUUUGGAUUUGAAAACUUCGAGGUUAACCACUUUGAGCAAUUCAAUAUCAACUAUGCAAAUGAGAAACUUCAGGAAUACUUCAACAAGCAUAUAUUCUCUUUGGAGCAGCUGGAAUACAGCAGAGAAGGCCUGGUGUGGGAGGACAUUGACUGGAUAGACAACGGGGAGUGUCUGGACUUGAUCGAGAAGAAACUCGGGCUCCUGGCCCUCAUCAAUGAGGAGAGCCACUUUCCGCAAGCCACGGACAGCACCUUACUGGAGAAGCUGCACCAGCAGCACUCGAAUAACCACUUUUAUGUGAAGCCCAGAGUUGCAGUCAACAAUUUCGGAGUGAAACACUACGCUGGAGAGGUGCAGUAUGAUGUCCGAGGCAUCUUGGAGAAGAACAGAGACACCUUCCGGGACGACCUGCUCAACUUGCUAAGAGAAAGCCGGUUCGACUUCAUCUACGACCUCUUCGAGCACGUCCCCAGCCGCAGCAGCCAGGACACCCUCAAGGGCGGCAGCAAGCACCGUCGGCCCACGGUCAGCUCGCAGUUCAAGGACUCGCUGCACUCCCUCAUGGCCACGCUGAGCUCCUCUAACCCUUUCUUCGUGCGCUGCAUCAAGCCGAACUUGCAGAAGAUGCCGGACCACUUUGACCAGGCCGUCGUCCUGAACCAGCUGCGCUACUCAGGGAUGCUGGAGACUGUGCGCAUUCGCAAGGCGGGCUAUGCCAUCCGGAGGCCUUUCCAGGACUUCUACAAAAGGUACAAGGUGCUGACGAGGAACCUGGCCCUGCCCGAGGACGUGCGUGGGAGGUGCGCGGCGCUGCUGCAGCUCUACGAUGCCUCCAGCAGCGAGUGGCAGCUGGGGAAGACCAAGGUCUUCCUCCGGGAAUCCUUGGAGCAGAAGCUGGAGAGGCAGCGGGAGGAGGAAGUCACUCGGGCGGCUAUGGUGAUCCGGGCCCACGUCCUGGGCUACUUGGCACGAAAGCACUACAGAAAGGUCCUGCACGGCGUGGUGACGAUCCAGAAGAAUGUCCGGGCCUUUCUGCUGCGGCGGAGGUUUCUGCACCUGAAGAAAGCAGCCCUCGUAGUGCAGAAGCAGCUGCGCGGCCAGCGAGCGCGCAGAGUGUACGGGCGAAUGCUGGCAGAGAAGCGGGAGGAGGAGGCGAGGAAGAGGCUGGAGGAGGAGGAGAGAGAAAGACAGAGAGUGCAGAAAGAAGCAGAGCUCCGGGCCCAACAGGAGGAAGAGGCCAGGCGGCAGCGCGAGCUGGAGGCUGCAGAGCUGAGCCGCGAGCUGCAGAAGCAGCGGGAGAACAAGCAGGUGGAGGAGAUCCUGCGGCUGGAGCGCGAGAUCGAAGACCUGCAGCGCAUGAAGGAGCAGCAGGAGCUGAGCCUGACCGAGGCCUCGCUGCAGCGGCUGCGGCGGCGGCGUGAUGAAGAGCUGCGGCGGCUGGAGGACGAGGCCAGCCGGGCGGCGCACGAGUUCCUGGCCGCGCUCAACUUCCAUGAGAUCGACGCGUGUGUGCGCGGUCUGGAGCGCUCCCUGGCUGCGGGCGGCAGCUCGGGCCCUGGGUUCGACUUCGGGCAGCCCUACCCGGAGGAGGAGGAUGAGGAGGAGGACGAGGGCUUCGCGGCCGACGAGGAUGCAGACGCCUUCAAGGACUCGCCCAACCCCAGCGAGCAUGGCCACUCGGACCAGCGCACGAGCGGCAUCCGCACCAGCGACGACUCCUCCGAGGAGGACCCCUAUGUGAAUGAGGCGGCCUCGGGGGCGCCAGGGGACCCGGACUCACACGACGCCACCUACUGUGAGCCUGGCGCGGCCCCUGGCGGCGACAGCGGCCACCAGGACCAGGACGACGAUGAGGACGAUGGCGCAGUCACCUCGGGCAGCAGCGUCACCUUCUCCAACUCCUAUGGCAGCCAGUGGUCCCCCGACUAUCGCUGCUCUGUGGGCACCUGCAACAGCUCGGGCGCCUACGGCUUCAGCUCCGAGGGCGCACAGUCCUCGUUUGAAGACAGCGAAGAGGACUUUGACUCCAGGUUCGACACGGACGACGAGCUGUCCUACCGGCGGGACUCUGUGUACAGCUGUGUCACGCUGCCCUACUUCCACAGCUUCCUGUACAUGAAAGGCGGCCUCAUGAACUCCUGGAAGCGCCGCUGGUGUGUGCUCAAGGACGAGACCUUCCUGUGGUUUCGCUCCAAGCAGGAGGCCCUCAAGCAGGGCUGGCUGCACAAGAAGGGUGGCGGCUCGUCCACCCUGUCGCGGAGGAACUGGAAGAGGCGCUGGUUCGUGCUGCGCCAGGCCAAGCUGAUGUACUUCGAGAACGACAGCGAGGAGAAGCUCAGGGGCACCAUCGAGGUCCGGAUGGCCAGAGAGAUCAUCGAUAACACCAGCAAGGAGAACGGGAUUGAUAUCAUCAUGGGCGACCGGACCUUCCACCUGAUCGCCGAGUCACCGGAAGACGCCAGCCAGUGGUUCAGCGUGCUGAGCCAGGUGCAUGCGUCCACGGAGCAGGAGAUCCGGGAGAUGCACGACGAGCAGGCCAACCCACAGAACGCCGUGGGCACGCUGGAUGUGGGGCUGAUCGAUUCUGUGUGUGCCUCGGACAACCCCGACAGGCCCAACUCGUUCGUGAUCAUCACGGCCAACCGCGUGCUGCACUGCAACGCCGACGCGCCCGAGGAGAUGCACCACUGGAUCACGCUGCUGCAGCGCUGCAAGGGGGACGCGCGCGUGGAGGGCCAGGAGUUCAUCGUGCGAGGGUGGCUGCACAAAGAGGUGAAAAACAGCCCCAAGAUGUCUUCGCUGAAACUGAAGAAGCGCUGGUUCGUCCUGACGCACAACUCCCUGGACUACUACAAGAGCUCGGAGAAGAACUCGCUGAAGCUGGGCACGCUGGUUCUCAACAGCCUCUGCUCCGUCGUGCCCCCAGACGAGAAGAUCUUCAAAGAGACAGGCUACUGGAACAUCACUGUGUACGGGCGCAAGCACUGCUACCGGCUCUACACCAAGCUGCUUAACGAGGCCACCAGGUGGGCCAGCGCCAUCCAGAACGUGACCGACACCAAGGCCCCAAUAGACACCCCGACCCAGCAGCUGAUCCAGGACAUCAAGGAGAACUGCCUGAACCCCGACGUGGUGGAGCAGAUCUACAAGCGCAACCCGAUCCUGCGCUACACCCAGCACCCCCUGCACUCCCCGCUGCUGCCACUGCCCUACGGCGACAUCAACCUCAACCUGCUCAAGGACAAGGGCUACACCACCCUGCAGGACGAGGCCAUCAAGCUGUUCCACUCGCUGCAGCAGCUGGAGUCGGUAUCCGACCCGGUGCCCAUCAUCCAGGGCAUCCUGCAGACCGGCCAUGACCUCCGGCCGCUGCGGGACGAGCUCUACUGCCAGCUCAUCAAGCAGACCAGCAAUGUGCCCCAGCCCGGCAGCGUGGGCAACCUGUACAGCUGGCAGAUCCUCGCCUGCCUGGGCUGCACCUUCCUGCCCAGCCGCAGCAUCCUCAAGUACCUCAAGUUCCACCUGAAAAGGAUCCGGGAACAGUUUCCGGGAACCGAGAUGGAAAAAUACGCCCUCUUCAUCUACGAAUCUCUGAAGAAGACCAAGUGCAGGGAGUUCGUGCCUUCCCGCGAUGAGAUCGAGGCGCUGAUCCACCGGCAGGAGAUGACGUCCACCGUGUACUGCCAUGGUGGAGGGUCCUGCAAGAUCACCAUCACCUCACACACCACGGCCGGGGAGGUGGUGGAGAAGCUGAUCCGCGGCCUGGCCAUGGAGGACAGCAGGAACAUGUUCGCGCUCUUCGAGCACAACGGCCGUGUGCACAAGGCCAUCGAAAGCCGCACCAUCGUGGCAGACGUUCUGGCCAAGUUCGAGAGGCUGGCUGCCGUGCCCGACGCAGGGGAGCUGCCCUGGAAAUUCUACUUCAAGCUCUACUGCUUCCUAGACACGGACAACGUGCCGAAGGACAGCGUGGAGUUCGCCUUCAUGUUUGAGCAGGCCCACGAGGCGGUGAUCCACGGCCACCACCCGGCGCCCGAGGAGACGCUGCAGGUGCUGGCGGCGCUGCGGCUGCAGUACCUACAGGGCGACCACUCCCCGCAGGCGGUCCCGCCGCUGGAGCAGGUGUACUCGGUGGACAGGCUGCGGGCGCGCGUGCGCCAAGCAGCCCAGGGCGCAGCGACGGGAGAGCGGCUGCAGCGGCGGCGCACCAGCUUCCUGGACAGCACCCUGAGGCGCAGCCUGCGGCCCGGGCCCGUGCGGCAGCGGGCGGAGGACGAGCAGGCACUGGAGCUGUGGCUGCAGGAGGAGCUGGGUGGCGUGCGCGCCGGCGUGCUGGACAAGUGGAGGAGGCUGCAGGGCCUGAGCCAGGAGCAGGCCAUGGCCAGGUACAUGGCGCUCAUCAAGGAGUGGCCCGGCUACGGCUCCACGCUCUUCGACGUGGAGUGCAAGGAGGGCGGCUUCCCGCAGGAGCUGUGGCUGGGCGUGAGUGCGGACGCCGUGUCCGUGUACAAGCGCGGGGAGGGCCGGCCCCUGGAAGUCUUCCAGUACGAGCACAUCCUCUCCUUCGGGGCGCCCCAGGCCAACACCUACAAGAUCGUGGUGGAUGAGCGGGAGCUGCUGUUUGAGACCAGCGAGGUGGUGGACGUGGCCAAACUCAUGAAGGCCUACAUCAGCAUGAUCGUGAAGAAGCGCUACAGCACCACGCGCUCCCUCAGCAGCCAAGGCAGCUCCAGGUGAAGGUGGGUGGGGGCACGCACGGUUCCAACGUCCGCAUGCACGGCUGUGACGUCAGCACGCACAGCUCUGACGUCAGCACGCACAGCCCUGACGUCAGCACGGCCCGCCCUCCAGCCUGCACCGCUAUACUCUCCAGCCUGCUCCGCGGGAGCCACCGGAGCUGGGAGUCUCGGCUCCUUCUGCCCACCAGCUGCAGCAAUAGGCCCCUGCUGAGCUGUCGACCUAACAGUCUGCACAGUUUGCAAAGCUUUACUACUACUCUAGAUGACACAUGCCUUAAAAGAGGACGGGAGAAAAGCCACGCCGCCACCAAAGCUGCCGGAAGUGCCUUACGUUGCAAAGACCACCCUUGGGGACCUGGACCUGGACCCGGACCCGGACCCGGACCCUGACCCUGACCCUGGUCGUCCUACUGAAGGAAGCUCCUGGGGAGCUUCCGGAGCUCGCAGGGAAGGAGUGUCCACCCGUCAGGCAUGCACUAAUCUCCCCGCCUGAUUCCCCGCCGCAGGGAAGGUGAGGGGGGGAGCCGAUGGGAGCGAGAGGGGACAGCGUGUGUGUGGCUGGAGCGCUGCUGGCAGCCUCCCUAGGACACGAGUCCACUCCGCGCUUCCUCGUCUCAUUUCCGGCGCCUGUGUUCGCCAAUGGCGCGAGUUCAAAGCCUCACACUUUGAUCACGGGCGUUACAAAGGGAAGAGGAUGUGCAGUGGUGCAAAGAGCCCCUGCAUUUUCCUGGCCCUGAGUUAGCAGCUGCAGGCGUGCCUUCGAGGGGGUUUUGUACCCGAGCACCAUGCCUGGGCGUCCCCCUCUGCCACUGGACUGGGCCUGCCAGGCCGAUGGGUUUAUUACAGGGCCCUUGCUGUGGCUGUGGAGCUGCUUCCAGACAGUGUGAGGUCACUGCCUGGCCUUGCUGUCUUAACACAGUUAACCUGAAGGGGCCUUUUCUUGAGGUUAGCAUGCGUUUCUUGGACAGAGGACAGCUGUCACCAACGGGGGGAGCUGCCACGGGGCUGAGCGAGGUCACAGGAGCAGAUCCAAAGGCCCUUGCAUCUCUGUGGAGGCUUCAAUAAAACAAGCACAUUUUACACCAAGUUUACAGUGGCGUCUGGACUAAGGCACCUGUAUAUAAAUCAACACUGAUGGCUGCAAGAAAAAUAAUCUGGACUUGGACUUGUAUUUUUAUAUGGAGAAGUUAUAAAGACUUGGGCCAUCUAGGUCCACCCACGAAGGAAAAAGCAAUUUCCCCGACCCUUGACCCCUGACCCCUGACUCUCCUGGCAGCCACAGGAACCCAGGUGCUGCCUAUUUCAGAGGCUGACAAUAAAAGACGUGAGCUGCA